AGCGGAGGUACCCCUGUGCUAAAGUCCCAUCAUGGACGACUACUCGAUGCAGGGUUUGAUUGCCCUUUCUGUGCUGUUGGGCCCUCUGUUCCGUGUUUUCUUUCCACUGGGUUUUGGAAGAGUAUGCACAUCUAGAAUGAUGAUGCAUUCAAGGACAAUUAAGCCAGGGCCCACGCCUACUGAACAGGCAGAAAUCGAUCGUCGGCAGGCAGAGAAAAAGAAAGAGAAAGCAGACAAAAAAAGACAAAAAGAAGAGGAGAUAAAGAAGAAAGCCCAAAUGGAAGAAGAAAGAUUGAAAAUGGAAAUGAAAGAAAAGUUAGAGCAGCAAUUGAAAAAAGAGUUACAGACUAUUGAAGAAGAAUAAGAGAGUGAUGAAGGAGCCGAAAGGCUGAUCAGACGGCGGGCUGGAAGAGGUGAGAGCAUUCAAAUGGGCGAAGGACUUAAUGUCAAGCCGCUGGAAUGGUAUGACCAAUAUGCAUACUCCAGCGACCGGAUACAGGAAACCGACGAAGAACGGGAUACGUUCAUUGCAAAGUUGGCAUCCAUCGAUGACCAGAAAGAAAAGGACCUUAUGCUCAAAGAAAAACGUGCAGAAUUGCAUAGCAAAAUGUUAGCAGCAAAAAGGCAAGAAUUAGAAGAAAGGAAAAGACUACAAAUUGAAGGAGUAAGGUUGCAGAAAGAGUUGCAAGAGCAGAAAAACAAACAAAUUGCAACCGAAGAAAAGAUUGCCUUGUUGACAGAAACGGUCCUUCAUACAAAGCAAGAGGUCGCGGCUAUAAACAAAACUUUGCAAAAAGUCGAGACCAACCAAUAUGAGUUUGAAGGAAUCUGGAAUACCUUCUUGGAAAAGUCCGCCAAAGACGUCGAUCGACAUGUAAAAUCAUACAUUGAAAAGUUAGACAACCACAUCACCCAGACCUUUACUCCAGCUGUGAUUGAGAGGAUAGUCAAAGGCAGCGGCGGAGGCGGAGGAGAUGGAGAUGGAGACGAAGAUGGGCGUGAUGACAAGAAAGGUAAGCGUGUGCAGCGAGAAGGAGCAGGGCAGAUCAACAAAAUUAAAGUAAAGAUUCCAUGGACAUACACAAGGAAGAAAGACGAAAGUGUAAUGCAUUGGAUUGCAGCAGUCGAAUCCUAUGUCUACGGACAGCGAAUUCCGUAUUGGGACCGAGUGUUAAUGGCAAGUUCAUGUAUGGGAGGAGAUGCCAUGAGUGAUGCAAUCUCCCUGCAAAAGGAAGCAGGUUGCAGUUCCAUGGUAGAGUAUUCCCAACAAACCCGCAUCGAAGACUUUCUCAAAGCCGUCAGAGAACGGUUUGAGGACAAGAACUUAGCCAGGAGAACUGAGAUAUUGAUAUUGAAUCUCCCAGAUAGGAAAUGGAAAAGUACUUCAGCACUUAAGGCAACUAUGGAUGCACUGCUGCGAUGUAAUGAGCAUGGACUGACCCCGGCUCAAAUUCUAAAUAGUUUCGCACGCGCACUACCCAACCCCCUCAGGACUCAGUUGUAUCCCCGCACCAAGGAAGAGGGGAUGAUGACAUACGAGAAGUUCAGCAAGAUCGCAUUAGAUCAUGCGGGCUUCUUGGUUGAAGCAAACUAUUGCCAUUACUGGAAAGAUCUGCAAGCGGGAAAAAAAUGGCAAAACCGCACAAUCUCAGGGUCAAUACAUGGAAAAGACAAUCUCCUUCUGACCUUUGAAGAAGGAGGUGUGGAAACACUUUCUUUGGACCAAGUGGAUUAUGGUCUUGAGGAAGGACCCAACGGUUUGGUAGCUCAGGAGGGGAGCUACGCGGCUGUUGCAGCCCGCGGGGAGGGUGACAAGGACGAGGACGUGGCAGAGGAAGAGGUGGCCGCGGACAUGGUGGAAGAGGACCUGGCACCCAGAGGGGUGGUGGCGAAGGUAGCUACUACGCGGGAGGAAGGGGAAAUGGUCCCUCGGAAGGUGGCCGUGGUUUCAAUUCUACCUGGGGAAGAGGAAGAGGCACCUGAUCCAGGAGACUCUGUGUCCACUGACUUUAUGGACACCAAAGUAAAAAGCAGGAAUGGGAAGACGCAGACACGUACGGGGAAGGGUACCUCGCCCUACACGGCCGAGAAGGAAGCAAAGGCCGCCGCGAUCCUGAAAGAGAGGAGAGAAAAGAAGGAGGCCAAGAAGAAGGCCUUACUUGAGGCGCAGGCGGCGAAGUUGAAGAAGAUUGAGGAGGAGAUGGCUAGAGAGAAGGAGAGGCUGAAGAAAGAAGAAGAAGCAAAGUUAAAGGAAGUGGAAGAGGAAGAAGAAGAAGACGUAGAAGAGGAGCCACUUGAGAGAGGAAGAAGAGGAAACAAAGGGGAGACUGACCCUGGAGAGGAUGAGGAGGCGUUAAUAUAUGUGCCCAGGGACGAGCAGGAGGCGGUCGUGCGAGAGUGGGAAGCUGAAGGAGACCCACUCAAGCGGCAAGUGCUAGAAGAUGAGAAGAGGAUGGAGUGGAAGUUCCGCCUCAGUAGGGAGAGGAAGAGAAGAAUGGAGGCGGCAACAGAGGCGGCGAAAGAGUUGGAAGAGAUCCGGAAGCAGAAGGAUCAGAUGGCGGUCCAAGUAGAUUUAUUGGAGAAGGUAGAGAUCCUGGCCAAGAACGUGGAACGCCUGGCAAAGGUCCAGGAGGAGCAACUUUUAUUUGGGAGAGGCUAGGACAUUGUCGUGCGUUCGAUACGGUCAGGACUUAGGGACUUUGCUCGGAGUUGGCAAUGCAGGUGGGCUCGCAUGUAACAGCCCGCCUCG